CUACAUUUCCCACAAGGCACCGCGGGUCCCUUGAAACUGCAUCUCCAACGGCAGGGGGCAGCGGGCUUGAGAGGAUGUUCCCAACAUGGCGGCAUCCAUUUCAGGCUAUACUUUUAGUUCGGUGUGUUACCACAGCGCCAACAGCAACUCUGACCAUGAGGGCUUCCUAUUAGGAGAAGUGAGGCAGGAGGAGACUAUCAGCAUCAGUGACACACAGAUUAGCAAUGCAGAACUGCUCCAGGUAGUAGAAAUCCAUAAACAUGAUCCGUGUGCACGGUUGUUUAGCUUUUAUGACUACGCUGGCAAAGUCAAUGAAGAAAACCUCAACAGCAUUCUUAGAGAUCGGCGGAAAAAUGUGAUUGGUUGGUACCGUUUCCGACGAAACACGCAGCAGCAGAUGUCCUUCCGCGAACAGAUCCUCCACAAACAGCUGACUCAGCUGCUGGGCGUGCCCGACCUGGUCUUCCUGCUCUUUAGCUUCAUCUCCACGGCUAACAGUUCUACACACGCGCUGGAGUAUGUGCUCUUCCGACCCAAUCGCAGCAGGUGCAACCAGAGGAUCACCCUCAGCAUCCCCAACCUGGGCAAUACAAGCCAGCAGGAGUACAAGGUGUCGUCCGUGCCCAACACCUCGCUCAACUACGCCAAGGUCAUCAAAGAACAUGGGGCUGAGUUCUUUGACAAAGACGGCGUGAUGAAAGAUAUCCGGACAAUAUUUCAAGUCUACAGUGCACUACAAGACAAAGUACAGGCCGUGUGCGGGGAGGUGGAACAAAGUGAACGCGUGAGGGAGAAAAUUCUAGACGACGUAAACCAACUGAAACAGCAAAUAGAUCUCAGGGAACGUAAGGCGGCGGAAGAAGAGCGAAGACUCCACGAAGCCCUGAAUCCAGACUCCCGCUCCACUCCAGAGGAAAACCCGGAACCGUCGUACUCGUCUCAACUAUCUCGGAUAUCUUUCCACUCGCCCUCCGCACCGGAGCGGCCCAGCAUCUCGCCCAACCCCCCCUCUUACGCAGACCUCAUGUCCCACGAUGACUCGCUCCUCCCCUCCUCGUCCCCGCCCACCAGCGCCGCCCUGCUGCCCCGGCCUCAGGCCGUGGGCUCCCCGGGACACCCCACCCCCAGCCCGCUUAGCAUCCUGGCCAGCCUGGGCCUGGGCGCCACCUCAAGUCCAGUCGGCGCCCCCAGCCCCCCGUACCUGGGCAACGGCGACGGCUCCAGCUCGGACUCGUUAGACAGACAAGCGGCGGGUCAGGAGUUUGACGAGGAAGAGGACGGCAGCGAGUACGAGAACCUGGUGAACCCCGCCACCCUUUUAGCCCGAAGUCGCUCAUCCGCCCUGGGUCCCGACGGGGACGCUCACGGCUCACAGACCACAUAGGACCACGGGCGACGGACGCGCCUUCUCAAGCAAUCAAAGAUCGACAAAAAAAGUGCCAGUCCUGAAAGCGAAAGUCAAGUGACAUCGUUUUGUCUCCAAGGAGAGGAGGGCUCUUUUCUCCUCCGUGCUUCUUUCUGGAAAAAGGUCUCAGUACUUCAUCCAGCGCGCCGUGGAAAAGGCAGGUCCUCUCUUUGUCUCACAUCCUCAUCACGCUUGCGUCACUUUUGCACUAUUUAUUGCCUUCUUUUCAACAAGCUCUCAAAAGGGAGAGGACCAAUCAGCCUUCCGACUAAUGUUUAAAGUUGUACUUUUCCAGACGGGGGGGAAAUGAAGGAAAGAGGCUCGACGUGACUUUGACAUGCACAACUUGUCGCACUUCACUUGGAAACCUGAUUAUCUGUCUUUAUUAUGUUAGAAACCCAGCAAAAGACGAAUAGAUCUUAAAUUAAAUUACCAAGCCACUUAUCGGUGCUUUAUGUGUUUUUUUUUUAUGUUCCUUAAUCUGAUUAAAUUGGCACAAGCCUUCGGGGAGGCGAGAAAAAACAUUAAAAUUGUAUCGCACUUAACGUGAUAAAUGUCAGAUGUCCUUUAAGCGUGCGUUUUACUGAUGAGGUCACACGUGUAAAGUCUGCACACAGGGUUGAUGGAGCAAACACAAUGUACUGUAGCUUUACUAACCGCACGCUUUAAUGCUGCAGCACCGACAGCUACAACGCUAACAACAAAUCGCUAUUUAAAAAAAAAAAAAAAAGUCGAUUUGCCACUCCACGUUGCUCUUUGUUUAGUCGCUGACGGCUAAAUAACCAAGCUAGUGUGUGAAUUCUAAGUGGAUAGAUGCCGAGUGUGGAGCGACCGGAAUGAGAAUCAGCACCUCCAAGUCCGAGUCCAUGGUUCUCGCCCGGAAAAGGGUGGAGUGCCAUCUCCGGGUUGAGGAGGAGACCCUGCCCCAAGUGGAGGAGUUCAAGUACCUAGGAGUCUUGUUCACGAGUGACGGAAGAGUGGAUGGUGAGAUCGACAGGCGGAUCGGUGCGGCGUCUUCAGUAAUGCGGACGUUGUACCGAUCCGUUGUGGUGAAGAAGGAGCUGAGCCGGAAGGCAAAGCUCUCAAUUUACCGGUCGAUCUACGUUCCCAUCCUCACCUAUGGUCAUGAGCUUUGGGUCAUGACCGAAAAGAUAAGAUCACGGGUACAAGCGGCCCAAAUGAGAAUCAGCACCUCCAAGUCCGAGUCCAUGGUUCUCGCCCGGAAAAGGGUGGACUGCCAUUUCCGGGUUGGGGAGGAGACCCUGCCCCAAGUGGAGGAGUUCAAGUACCUAGGAGUCUUGUUCACGAGUGGGGGAAGAGUGGAUGGUGAGAUCGACAGGCGGAUCGGUGCGGCGUCUUCAGUAAUGCGGACGUUGUACCGAUCCGUUGUGGUGAAGAAGGAGCUGAGCCGGAAGGCAAAGCUCUCAAUUUACCGGUCGAUCUACGUUCCCAUCCUCACCUAUGGUCAUGAGCUUUGGGUCAUGACCGAAAGGCGGCCGAAAUGAGUUUGGGUCUCUCCCUUAGAGAUAGGGUGAGAAGCUCUGCCAUCCGGGAGGAACUCAAAGUAAAGCCGCUGCUCCUCCACAUGGAGAGGAGCCAGAUGAGGUGGUUCGGGCAUCUGGUCAGGAUGCCACCCGAACGCCUCCCUAGGGAGGUGUUUAGGGCACGUCCAAUCGGUAGGAGGCCACGGGGAAGACCCAGGACACGUUGGGAAGACUAUGUCUCCCGGCUGGCCUGGGAACGCCUCGGGAUCCCCCGGGAAGAGCUAGACGAAGUGGCUGGGGAGAGGGAAGUCUGGGCUUCCCUGCUUAGGCUGUUGCCCCCGCAACCCGACCUCGGAUAAGCGGAAGAUGGAUGGAUAGAUGCCAUGGUGACGCCUUUUAUUUACACUGUCUGCAGAAGCGGACUACAGUUCCUCCCAACGCGACUGUGGCUUGGCUAGUACAAACCGGAAUGGUUAAAAAAAAAAAAAAGUGAGAGUAAACCUGCCUGGCGACUGCUCCACCCUCUUAACCCUGAACUCCACUAAAAGCGAGGAGCAUUGUCGCCAUGUACGGUCGACACACUUUGACGACGAGCUCCGCUUUAGUGACGCAAACCUGUUUGUGCGCCUUUUUCGCCUCAGGGCUGUCUUGAUCAGGAACUGGCACUCUUGAAACCUUCAUAAUCAUAACAAGAGUUAACACAUGUUGUCUCUGAGGAACUGGAGUACACCGAGGGAAAGUAAUGAAUGUACAGUAGACGAGGGAGGGGGUGGUCCUCCUUUUGGGGGGUUGUUUAAGUAGUGCACCCUCCACCUGAUCAUCGAAAACCAGCAGGGUUCUGGUGCUGUGAUCCAAUGCUAUUUAGUUUUUAAACAUUAAACACUCGUGUACUCCUACUGUAUAGGCCGGCCCCCCCAAACGGGACACUUUACGACAACUCCCUGAAGCACACACCUCAAGGGACUCUUUAGGCUUUUUAUUUGGAUUUGUGCACUCGGAGGAUGACAGAAAACACGAUUGAAUGAGCACAGAGGGGAAUAUAAUAAAAGAAAGAUGUAUCUGUGGUA